UUGUACUCCUCCUCGUACACACUAUAGUCCCUCAUUGAAUCCAAGUCGAUUCGUUCGUUGUUGGUGCUUACCUCCCGGCACCGCAUAGAACGUACUGGCAUCCAAGAUUGCUUUUGGGCUCUCUUACACACCGACACUACGACUGUCCUCUACUAAUACUCUGAUCGUGUCCUCCCACCGACCAGAAUCUUUAGAGACGCACGCGUAGCUUGCAGAGCAUCGAUAUUCGGGUAUAUUCAGAUCUACAUCGAUUCGACACUAGAGGCCGAGCUCCAGCUUGCCCUUACAAGUGGAAAAUUGACCGAUCCCUCACCGAACCGCAACCCAACUUCGCCUCCAUUCUUUCCUCCCACCCAAACUCAAUCCCCUCGGUGCAUGGGAUUGCCUCUACACAACAUGGCCGGAGCUGCACAGAACGGAGUCAACGGGGAUGCUAAUGGCGCCCCGAGCUCCUACGCUGCCAAGUACGAUCUUGCUCCGCAUUUCAUCGGCGGGAACAACCUCAAGGUAGCCUCGCCGGGCAAGGUCAAGGACUUUGUGGCCGCACACGACGGACACACAGUCAUCACAAAUGUCCUCAUUGCGAACAACGGUAUUGCCGCAGUCAAGGAAAUCCGCUCAGUGCGGAAAUGGGCCUACGAGACUUUUGGCGAUGAGCGGGCGAUUCAAUUCACCGUCAUGGCGACGCCCGAGGAUCUCCAGGCCAAUGCAGAGUACAUCCGCAUGGCAGACCAAUAUGUUGAGGUACCCGGCGGUACCAACAACAACAACUACGCCAACGUCGAGCUAAUUGUCGAUGUGGCCGAGCGCAUGAACGUGCACGCCGUGUGGGCAGGAUGGGGACACGCCUCGGAGAACCCCAAGCUGCCCGAAUCGCUCGCCGCGUCGCCCAAGAAGAUCGUCUUCAUUGGUCCUCCCGGAUCUGCCAUGCGCUCGCUUGGUGACAAGAUCUCGUCCACAAUCGUCGCACAACACGCCAAAGUGCCCUGCAUCCCGUGGUCAGGAACCGGUGUCGACGAGGUCCAGGUCGACCAACACGGAAUUGUCACAGUCGAGGACCACAUCUACGACAAGGGCUGCACAAAGUCAUGGCAGGAGGGUCUGGAGAAGGCCAAGGCCAUUGGCUUCCCUGUCAUGGUCAAGGCCUCGGAAGGCGGUGGUGGCAAGGGUAUCCGAAAGGUCGAGCGCGAGGAAGACUUUGAGCAGCUGUACAAGGCCGCUGCCUCAGAAAUCCCCGGAUCGCCCAUCUUCAUCAUGAAGCUUGCGGGCAGCGCGCGCCAUCUGGAAGUCCAGCUGUUGGCUGACCAGUACGGCAACAACAUCUCCCUGUUCGGACGUGACUGUUCGGUACAGCGACGUCACCAGAAGAUCAUUGAAGAGGCACCGGUAACAGUUGCUGGCUCUAAGACCUUCCAGGAGAUGGAGAAGGCUGCCGUCUCGCUCGGACGCCUCGUCGGAUACGUCUCGGCGGGUACCGUCGAGUACCUGUACUCGCACUCCGACGACAAGUUCUACUUCCUUGAGCUGAACCCUCGUCUCCAGGUCGAGCAUCCCACUACGGAAAUGGUGACGGGUGUCAACCUCCCAGCUGCCCAGCUCCAGAUUGCCAUGGGUCUGCCAUUGCACCGUGUCCGCGACAUUCGACUCCUUUACGGUGCCGACCCGCACGCGAGCUCUGUCAUUGACUUUGACUUCUCCACCGAAGGCAGUGCCAAGAGCCAGCGACGCCCUACUCCCAAGGGUCACUGCACGGCCUGCCGUAUCACCUCCGAGGAUCCCGACGAGGGCUUCAAGCCAUCCGGUGGUACUAUCCACGACCUCAACUUCAGGAGUAGCUCCAAUGUUUGGGGUUACUUCUCCGUCAGCUCUGCUGGUGGUAUUCACAGCUUCUCCGACUCGCAAUUCGGUCAUAUCUUCGCCUAUGGCGAGAACCGACAAGCUUCGCGGAAACACAUGGUUGUCGCACUGAAGGAGUUGAGCAUUCGCGGUGACUUCCGUACCACCGUUGAAUAUCUGAUCAAGCUACUCGAGACUCCUGCUUUCGAGGACAACACCAUCACCACUGGCUGGCUCGACGAGCUCAUCUCGAAGAAGCUUACUGCUGAGCGACCUGACACCAUGAUUGCCGUCAUUUGCGGUGCCGUUACCAAGGCUCACGUCGCAAGCGAAGCGUGCGUCAACGAGUACAAGACCAGCUUGGAGAAGGGUCAGGUGCCUUCUAAGGACGUACUGAAGACAGUGUUCCCUGUGGACUUCAUUUACGAGGGCUACCGAUACAAGUUCACUGCCACCAAGUCUACUGUCGACAGCUUCACCCUGUUCAUCAACGGAACCAAGUGCUCAGUCGGUGUCAGGGCACUUGCCGAUGGUGGUCUCUUGAUUCUGCUUAGCGGAAAGUCGCACAACGUCUACUGGAAGGAGGAGGUUGGCGCCACCCGCCUCUCCGUUGACGGCAAGACCUGCCUUCUCGAACAGGAAAACGACCCCACACAGCUGCGCACACCAUCGCCCGGUAAGCUUGUUAGGUUCCUAGUCGAGAACGGAGACCACGUUGGCCAGGGUCAGCCUUUCGCUGAGGUUGAGGUCAUGAAGAUGUACAUGCCUCUGAUUGCUCAAGAGGCCGGUAUGGUCAACCUCAUCAAGCAGCCAGGAGCUGUUCUUGAAGCUGGUGACAUUCUCGGUGUCCUUGCUUUGGAUGAUCCAUCCAAGGUCAAGUCUGCCCAGAACUUCACUGGCCAACUUCCUGACCUGGGUGCUCCUCAAGUGCCUGGAGCCAAGCCACCGCAGCGAUUCGUUUACCUUUACUAUAUCCUGCAAAAUAUCUUCCAGGGUUUCGACAACCAAGUCAUCAUGCAAAGCACGCUCAAGGAGCUGGUCGAUGUCCUUCGGGACCCUGAGCUACCGUAUGGUGAGUGGAACGCUCAGGCCUCCGCUCUCCACGCGCGUAUGCCGCAGAAGCUUGAUGCCACCUUCUCCCAGAUUGUCGAGAAGGCCCACAGCCGUAACCUCGAGUUCCCUGGUAAGGCCCUCAACAAGGCUUUCCAAAAGUUCGUCGAGGAGAACGUGGCCAAGGGUGACGUUGCCCUUCUGAAGGCUGCAUUGGAGCCUCUUGCUGAUGUUAUCACCCGCUACUCGGAGGGCCUCAAGGCACACGAGUACAGCGUCAUGAUCAGGCUCUUGGAGAUGUACUGGUCUGUUGAGUCCCUCUUCUCAUCUCGUACGUCGCGUGACGAGGAAGUCAUCCUCAAACUUCGUGAUGAGAACCGUGAUAACAUCAUGAGCGUCGUGCAGACUGUUCUCUCCCACGCCAAGGUUGGUGCGAAGAACAACCUCGUAAUUGCUAUUCUCGAGCUCUACCGACCCAACAAGCCUGGUGUCGGAAACAUUGCCAAGUACUUCAAGGACACUCUCAAGAAGCUCACAGAGCUUGAGUCCAGACAGACUGCCAAGGUCUCUCUCAAGGCCCGUGAGGUUCUCAUUCAGUGCGCUAUGCCUUCGCUUGAAGAACGCACUGCGCAGAUGGAACACAUCCUGCGCUCUUCCGUCGUUGAGUCUCGCUAUGGCGAGAGCGGAUGGGACCACCGUGAGCCCAACUUCGAAGUAAUCAAGGAAGUUGUCGACUCUAGGUACACUGUGUUCGACGUGUUGACACAAUUUUUCGUCCACUCGGACCCAUACGUCGCUCUUGCUGCGCUUGAGGUGUACACUCGCCGAGCUUACCGCGCGUACCAGCUGCAAAACAUCAACUACCACAACGAAGGCGAGCAGCAAUCUUUCUUGUCUUGGGACUUCAUCCUGCGCAAGGUUGGUGAGGCCGAGUACGGUCUCGCUGUUGAGCCCUCUGAACCUGGUACCCCCAGCACGCCCGGGUUUGAGCGUCCUCCUCGCAUCCAGUCAUUGAGCGAUAUGACUGCUUGGCAAAACCGAUUCGAAGGCGAGCCUACCAGGAAGGGUGUUGUCGUCCCUGUCGAGUACCUUGAUGACGCGGACGAGCUCAUCAGUAAGGCGCUCGACAUCUUCCCCAACCUUGGCAAGGAGAAGAAGGGCGGUAUUGGUCUGAGGGAGGGCCUCACUAUGAAGCGCACCCCUACCACAGGUAUCAACGAGCCCAAGCAUAGCGACGAGCUCACUGGUGUUCUUAACAUCGCUGUCCGCGACAUUGAAGGCACCGACGACAAGGAAAUCUUGGACCGCAUCUUGCCUAUCGUCGAUGACUUCAAGCAGGAGCUUCUGUCUCGUCGCAUCCGCCGAAUCUCUUUCAUUUGCGGCCACAAGGACGGAACAUACCCUGGCUACUACACCUUCCGUGGACCCACAUAUGAGGAAGAUGCCAGUAUCCGUCACGUCGAGCCCGCUCUUGCCUUCCAGCUCGAACUUGGCAGACUCUCCAAGUUUGACAUCAAGCCAGUCUUCACUGAGAACCGCAACAUCCAUAUCUAUGAGGCUGUUGGCAAGGGCGCCGAGAGCGACAAGCGCUACUUCUUGAGGGCUGUCGUCCGAUCAGGCCGUCUUCGCGAGGAGAUUCCUACAGCGGAGUACAUGGUGUCUGAGACUGAUAGGUUGAUGACUGACAUCUUGGAUGCUUUGGAAAUCGUUGGCACUUCGCAAGCCGACAUGAACCACAUCUUCAUCAACUUCUCGCACGUCUUCCCUCUGAACCCUACUGAGGUUGAAGAGGCCAUUGGCGGUUUCUUGGAGCGCUUUGGUCGACGACUCUGGCGUCUCCGUGUCACUGGCGCUGAGAUCCGCAUCAUUGUCACCGACCCUGCGACUGGCAUCCCUUACCCUCUCCGUGUCAUCAUCACUAACACUUCUGGAUACGUUAUCCAGGUGGAGAUGUACGCUGAGCGCAAGUCCGAGAAGGCUGGCAAGUGGCUCUUCCACAGCAUUGGUGGAACUACUAAGAUCGGUGCUCUUCACCUUCAGCCCGUCUCAACUCCUUACCCCACCAAGGGAGCUCUGCAGCCCAAGAGGUACAAGGCUCAUCUCAUGGGUACUCAGUACGUGUACGACUUCCCUGAGCUCUUCCGCCAGGCUACCGAGAACAGCUGGAUCGAGGCUAUCAAGAAGCACUCAUUCCUCCGUGACAGGCAGCCAGCGAAGGGAGAGUGCCUCGAGUACUACGAGUUGGUGCUUGAUGACACUGACAACCUGGCUGAGGUCAACCGUGAUCCUGGCCACAACAACAUUGGUAUGGUCGGUUGGAUGGUCACCGCGAAGACACCUGAGUACCCCCGUGGUCGCCGCUUCAUCAUCAUCGCCAACGACAUCACUUUCAAGAUUGGUUCAUUCGGUCCAGCGGAGGAUGCUUUCUUCCACAAGUGCUCUGAGCUUGCACGAAAGCUCGGCAUUCCGCGAAUCUACCUCUCUGCCAACUCUGGUGCUCGUAUCGGUCUUGCUGAGGAGCUCAUUCCUCACUUCUCUGUUGCAUGGAAGGACAUCAACAAGCCCGAGGCUGGUUUCGACUACCUCUACCUGACACCUGAGAAGUACGAGCACUUUGUUGAUGGUAAGCGCAAUGACGUUAUCUGCGAACCGGUUGAGGUCGAUGGCGAGAAGCGCUUCAAGAUCACUACUGUCAUUGGUGCUGAGGACGGUCUUGGUGUUGAGUCGCUUCGUGGUUCUGGUCUCAUUGCUGGUGAGACUUCAAGAGCUUACGAGGACAUCUUCACCAUUACUUUGGUGACUUGUCGCUCAGUUGGUAUCGGUGCUUACCUUGUUCGUCUUGGUCAGCGUGCUAUCCAGAUCGAAGGACAGCCAAUCAUCCUCACGGGUGCACAGGCUAUCAACAAGCUACUUGGUCGUGAAGUCUACACUUCUAACCUUCAGCUCGGUGGUACUCAGAUCAUGUACAGGAACGGUGUCUCGCACUCGACUGCCGACGAUGACUUUGAGGGUGUUUCCAAGAUUGUCCAGUGGAUGUCUUACGUACCCGACAAGAAGGGCAGCCCCGUCCCUAUCUCACCGUCAGCCGACAACUGGGAUCGUGACAUCACCUACUACCCUCCUGGCAAGUCUGCCUACGAUAUUAGGCAUUUGAUCGCUGGAAAAGAGGACGAGGACGGUUUCCAGUCUGGUCUCUUUGAUCGCGGUUCGUUUGUCGAGACUCUUGGUGGCUGGGCUAAGACUGUUGUUGUCGGUCGUGCUCGUCUCGGUGGCAUUCCUAUCGGUGUCAUCGGUGUCGAGACACGUUCAGUUGAGAACGUCACACCUGCAGACCCCGCCAACCCCGACUCUAUCGAACAAGUCACAUCCGAGGCUGGUGGUGUUUGGUACCCCAACUCUGCCUUCAAGACUGCUCAGGCUAUCAAGGACUUCAACAAUGGUGAGCAAUUGCCACUGAUGAUCCUUGCCAACUGGCGUGGUUUCUCUGGUGGUCAGCGUGACAUGUACAACGAGGUUCUCAAGUACGGUUCUUACAUUGUCGACGCACUCGUCAAGUUUGAACAGCCCAUCUUCGUUUACAUUCCUCCGUACGGCGAACUCCGUGGUGGAUCUUGGGUCGUCGUUGACCCCACCAUCAACCCUCAAUUCAUGGAGAUGUACGCCGACGAGGACUCGCGUGGUGGUGUACUGGAGCCCGAAGGUAUCGUCGGUAUCAAGUACCGCAGGGAACGCCAACUGGACACAAUGGCCCGCAACGACCCUACCUACGGUGCUCUUAAGCGCAAGCUGAAUGACAAGGCAACACCAGAGGCCGAGCUCCAGGACAUCAAAGCCCAGAUGACUGAGCGCGAGAAGAAGCUUCUACCUAUCUAUGGUCAAAUCGCCAUUCAAUUCGCCGAUCUGCACGACCGUGCUGGCCGUAUGCAAGCCAAGGGUGUCAUUCGACAAGCUCUCCGAUGGCAAAACGCCCGCCGGUUCUUCUACUGGCGUCUUCGCCGCCGUCUCAACGAGGAGUACAUCCUCAAGAAGUUCGCCGCUGCUGCCUCGCCCACGCACGACAACCCUCAGGCCAACUCACUCACCCGCAGCCGUGGCUUCGAGAUGUUGAAGCACUUGUCCAACAUCCCCAACUGGGAGCAAGACGACAUGGCCGCGGCGACCUGGUACGAGGAGAACAGGCCACUCGUCAGCGACAAGAUCGAGCAACUCAAGACCGAUGGCAUUGCGCUCGAGAUUGCGCAGCUUAUGCGCAAGGACCGCGAGGGUGGACUCAAGGGUGUCAUGAGCUUGCUCAGCACACUGCCUACCAGCGAGAAGGAGGAGGUGAUCAAGAUGUUGAGCAGGGCUUAGUAAACGUAUCAAUGUUUGCGUGUUUUCAUUCGCUUACGGCAUGGCAUGGCAUUUGGGGGUGUUUCAAACUUUUCUGGGAAGGAAUUGGGAUGGCGAUAUGUGUGUGGUGUAACUUUAGCGUUGCUACGGUGCGACUGCGUUUUUCGUAUAUUCCCCUUUU